UAACAGAUACAACUAAAGUACGUUCAACUUAAUACCUGCGUUGUAAACUGCGCUGCUUCUUCCAUCGAAAUAUAUAACGCAAUCCAAGCUAGCCUGAUAUUCUGCAUUAAAUAUAACAGUAAGAAGACACAUCACAUAUUAUGAACUCUACCACACAAUAGUUAAUAAUAUUCUGUAACGCGGUAAAACAGGCCCCUCCUUGUGUUUCAGUACCGGCUCUGUAACCACUUUCAGUUUUCAUUUAGGAGGAGAAAUAAGCAGACGGGACAUCUAUUUGGACUUAUAGCGAUCAACCUAACUCCAGUCCUCGACCAAGAAAGAGAAGAUGCCGUGGCCCAAGAAACCAACAGAAGCUAACUGGCAGAAAGACUUGGCAUCCCUCAUUUCCAACUUGGAUGAGGAAGAGAAAAAGAAGUUCCUUAAUGAAAUUGUGACAGUGGGAACUGACAAAAUCCCCUUGUCAAAACUUAAGGAUGCAGACCAGGAUACAAUGGCACAGGUCAUCGUUCGUCAUCAUGGCUUUGCUGCCUCUGUGGAUGUUGUUGCUGAGGUCAUGGCGAGGGUGCCUCGCAGAGACGAGUUUGUGGUUAAAACUAUUAAGAGAUACCAAGGAAAACGCAAGUCUGAAGAUGGGGAUGAAGAUGAAUCGCCUGCAAAGAAGAAGAAAUCCCCUCCUGCACCUGUGAUGCUGGACCUUGCAACUUUGAAGAGCUCUGGCAUGAAGGACUUGAAAGAUCCUAAAGUUGUUGUGCAGGUGUUGUCUGUCACUAAGCCCUUCACUUAUGUAACUGUUAGCAGUCAAAUCAAGGACUUGUUCUAUGCCACCGUUGCAGAUAGUACUGACUUUCUAGAGGUGAAAGUCUUUGAUGCUGCAAAGAAAAGUGUGUUCACCACAGGUGUUACCCUUGAGAUUUCGAAAUUCCGUUUCAAGGAUGGUUACUUGGAAGUGGUAGAUAAGACUUCAUGUGAAGAACAGGAAGACAAGGACCUUACCAUCUCCAAAGCUGUUACUCAGGGGUCCACAAAGUUCCUGACUAUUAAGGAGAUUAUGGCUCUGCCAGAGAAAACCUUUGUAAAAGGCUCGUUCGAAAUUUCAAAAAUUAACAAGGGAUUCAAGUGUCUUGGUGUAACUUUGAAGGACUCAACGGGAGAGAUUGACGUGGCCAUGUUUGGGACACUGAUGGAGCUAGUUCCUGAGGUUGGGAAGAGGCUAAACUUCAUCUGUUUUCAGCUAACAGAGUAUAAUGGUGCUCAGCAGCUGAAGUCCAUGUCUCACAGCUUUGCAGAGGUGACCUCCCAGUGAAAUAGUGUACCAGCGAUUCCUAGCAUUUCAUUUGUGAACAACCGGUGAAACAGUCGAGUUGAUAAAAUUUUUGUAUUUCAACCCCUUCAAAACAUAAUUUCAAGAAGUUCAUAAUUGUUUCCAUAUGCAUAGUGGGGGGGGGGGGGGGGGGACAUCAAGUGUUGUCUAAGUAUUUUUGUCAUAAUUUUUACCAGUUAUGUAACUUUAAUGCUUCUAUUAUCAAGUUAUGUUAAGAUGUCUUGGUGUUGCUUAUGAAAUAAACGAGAAAGUGCCUUUUUGA